CUACCCCGACUCUUUCCCCCUUCUAUCUACAGUUGAGUAGGUAGUCCUCCAUUACUUUGUAGCAUAUAUCGGAUUCUGAGCACAAAAUCGUAGUGGAAGAAGCGAUGGCGGCUCUACAGUAUCUGGACAUCCUGCGGAGUACUCACCCUGAGCUCUCUGAGUGGUACAACACGCUUGCAGAUCUCUACCAGCGCAAACUCUGGCACCAGCUCACCCUCAAGCUGGAAAAGUUUGUCGCCCUCGCCGUCUUUCAGGCCGGUGAUGCUCUGAUACAGUUGUACCACAAUUUCAUAACUGACUUCGAGACAAAGAUCAAUCUCCUCAAGCUUGCUCAUUUUGCUGUCAUAGUUUCUCGGCAGUAUUCGGAGAAAGAGGCUGCCAUAAAUUAUCUUGAAGGAGUGAUUGAAAAGCUUUGUAAUACUAAAGAGAUGCGCGUAGAGGAGCCUAUUCUUUAUAUCAAGAUGCAGAUUGCUAGUUUUAAGCUUGAGCAAGGAGAUCAGAAAGAGUGCAAGAAACUCUUAGAGAAUGGGAAGACUACACUUGAUAGCAUGACUGACAUUGACCCUUCUGUGUAUGCUAGCUACUAUUGGGUUUCAUCUCAAUUUCAUAAAUCUCGUCAAGAAUUUGCAGAGUUCUAUAAAAGCUCUCUUCUUUAUUUGGCUUACACUUCCGUGAAGUCUCUAUCAGAAUCAUUUAAGCUGGAUUUGGCAUUUAAUUUGUCCCUAUCUGCAUUGUUGGGGGAAAACAUUUACAACUUUGGAGAACUCCUUGCACAUCCAAUUGUAAAAAGCCUCAUAGGGACUAAGGUAGAAUGGCUAUACUAUAUUCUGGAAGCAUUCAACUCUGGCGACUUGGUUCGUUAUCAAGAAUUGUGCCAGGUUCAUAGAGCUGCUCUGAGCUCCCAACCAGCAUUAGUGCAGAAUGAGAAAAACCUACUGGAGAAAAUUAACAUUCUCUGCUUGAUGGAGACUAUCUUCAGUCGUCCAUCAGAAGAUAGAACUAUUGCAUUAAGUGUCAUAGCUGAAGGGACAAAACUUACUGUAGAAGACGUGGAGCAUCUUCUUAUGAAGAGCCUUUCAGUGCAUCUAAUCGAAGGAAUUAUUGAUCAGGUUGAGGGAACGGUUUACGUUUCCUGGGUUCAACCCAGAGUUUUGGGGAUUCCUCAGAUCAAGUCAUUACGUGGCCGUCUGGACAAUUGGAUGGAUAAAGUUCACACCGCCUUACUAUCUGUUGAGGCAGAAACCCCUGAUUUAGUCGCAGCAUAAUUUUAGUUCCGCUCCUGGCCAGAACAUCACGUGUUCUAUCAAAAAGGAGAGAUGGGAAAAUUUAAGAUUCUUUGGUGCUUAAUUACAUAUAUGCUUGCAUUAUCAAUUUUUAUUUUGGGAAAGUAGCAACACAUUUCUCUUGUAACAUUCAAAUUGUGCCAUACUUGUCUUUUCUACUCACAGAACUGUUUUUACAAAUUAUUGAAUUUUUUUUUU